GCCCGAACAGACUAUCGCUGUGAGGAGCUUGGUAAAGCAUGGACUGAAACGGGGACCCUGUAAGGGUGUCAACAAGGCGUUUUACGCUUUCAGCGACAAACAUGACGACAAUAAGACCGUUUACCUGUGACGAUCUGUUCAGAUUUAAUAAUGUGAAUUUGGAUCCACUCACAGAAACAUAUGGCUUGCCCUUCUACAUGCAGUACCUGGCUCACUGGCCGGAGUACUUCCAGAUCGCAGAGUCCCCCAGCGGCGAGAUCAUGGGAUAUAUCAUGGGGAAAUCGGAAGGAACUGGCGACCUGUGGCAUGGUCAUGUGACAGCCUUGACGGUUGCCCCGGUUUUCCGGAGACUGGGUCUGGCAGCAAAGCUCAUGAACAUACUGGAAGAAAUCUCAGAGAAGAAACAUUGUUUUUUCGUGGACCUGUUUGUGAGGGUAUCUAACAAGGUUGCCGUGGCAAUGUAUGAGAAACUAGGAUACAGUGUGUACAGGAGGGUGCUAGAGUACUACUCAGGGGAGGUGGACGAAGAUGCUUUUGACAUGAGGAAGGCUCUAUCUCGAGAUGUUGAAAAGAAGUCUGUCAUACCGCUUGCCCACCCAGUCCGGCCGGAGGAGUUGGACUGACCAUGACUCAGGAGGGUAACCAUGGAGAUCUGCUGUGGGGGACACUCAUGUUUGCCGGGCUUCUGUUAGGGGCCAUCUUGGCCCUGAUUGUCACGGAACUGAUUGUGCGACAGCCUCUCCGUUUUCCCCCGUUACCGCAGACGGAUGAUCACGAAGAGCUGUAGCUGGUUAGAUGGACAGAAACUGAAGAAGUCAUAGAUUUGUCAUUCUUUUCAAAUCCUACAUAGCAUGCAGAUGUUUAGUUGGUAAAAUUCUCAUAUCUGAUUUCCCUAAAAUGUCCUCUACUGCACUGAUUAAUUCUGUAGUCUGUGUGCCUCACUCUGCCAAUAUGGAAGGUUUGUAUGUGUCGGGAUUUAAACUUUGUGAUUACACAUGUUGUGUACACUAUCAAUGUGAUGACAUCAGUGGUAUAUGGACACUUGUAUCAUGAAGAUAGGUCCAAAAAUAGGCCGAGUCUGGAAAAAAGCCACUCAAGACAUCAGCCAGUCAGAUGUCUAGAUGCUCAACUAUGCAUACAAUCGCAGUGAUACAUUGUACCUGCAAUGCUAGUUAACAUUGAAAUAUUAAGUAUUGACAUUCAUAUGAUAUAUACCCAGUUUAUUGUGAUCAUCAGAUCUACAGAUAAGCUGCGUAUUUGUGUGAAAUACCCUCCAAAACUAUUCAAAACCCAAUUACUUUCAAUUAACUUGCGUACAGAAACACAUGCAUUAAAUGAAAAACUUAAUUGUUUGAAAACACCACGCAUAAAUACCCAACGAAGCUUUUUCAGCUUGCGUACAACGGAGCUAAUUUCUGAAACACAAUUACGAGCUAAUUUACAUUCCGAGUCAAGCCUAUAUUUAGAACCGUUAUAUAUAUCUAAAACAUUAUUUCAUUAUCUCAAAAUGCUUACUCUUUUGGGGAAAAACCCAAUAGAGUGAUGAAUAGAUGGGUGAAAAAAUAUUGGUUACCCAAUGAAAAAUGUAAUAACCCAAUUAAAAUAGAAACCUUUGAGUAAAAACCCAAUUGCUCAAACAGUCAUCUGGAGCUCUGAUUCAUUGCUUCAUGAAGUGUAAUGCCUUAGGCUUGACCAGUACUGUGGGAUGACAACACAACACCAUCUGUUACGGCCUCCCAACACUAUUAUGUUUAAGGAGCCCGUAUGGUUUCGUAACGCUAACAGUUGGGUAACUUGGUAACUGCUUGCUCCAAGCUCAUAAACCAGCAGACAGCGGAGACAUGUUUGAUUGUCAAUCUGCAUUAUUCUGAUCAACGAAAACUGUAGUUAUUUUUAUGACCUGGAGAAGGGAAUGGGUUACAACUGAAUCUCUGCCUGUGUGAACACGUGACACAAUAGCACUUGGUUGCACAUCCCUUGUGACGGACACAAUCAACAUCUGUGAAUAUUCACCAUGUCUAUUUUACGUUUGUGCUUGCAAUGAAUUCAUCUUGGACUGGCGCAUAUGGCCAUUUAUCACUACACAUUUCACGCAGAUAGAGGAGUUACUGUUUAUUGUCCGCAGGUAUAACGUUCCGUUCACAUGUGUCACGACAAUAAAGUAAAUACCACCAUAUUAAACUAACACCUUCUCAAAGGAAGUCAACAUUUUCUCAUGUAUCUAAAAUUAUUCUACAGUGUACGAAUAAAAAUAAAUAUGUUUUACAUGCAGCUAUCCAAACAUUAAUCGCAAGUCUGAGACACACCCACUCAGCUAUGAAUGAUGUAGUUUGGGUGUAAGUCUUGCAAGGUUGAGUGAUGAUUGACUCCCAGGGCCACAUGUGCACGUCAUGUGAUAUCACUUAUAAAUAGCACAUGGACUAUAUUUCCGUGUGAUAUCAGUUCAGACCAGACGUAAUUGUUUAAUGUUUGAAAUGGAGGAGUCACCAGAACAUAAACAUGCUCUCAUCUUUGCCAGUUGGUCACAGACCUCAAUCUUAUUGGUGAAUUGUAAGUGAAAAGAUCCCAGACAUGACACAGUCUCCAGAUUGUGUAACUGGAGACAGUCCUGUAAGCCUUAUACUGUUAUGGACAGUAUGGUAGCCUAGCUGGUAAAGCGUUUCAAUUCUCACCCCGAAGGCCCGGGUUCGAUUCCUCACAUGGGUACAAUAUGUGAAGCCCAUUUCUUGUGUCCCCUGUCGUGAUAUUGCUGAAAUACUGCUUAAAGCGGCAUAAAACCUUACUCACUCACUCACUCCUAAGACUGUUACAUUGUUGACCAUUUAGAUAUUUUACACUAGAAUGGCCGUCAAGCUUAAUUCUUCUAUACCUCUUAUACAUUUGUUGGGCAGUCGGGUAGCCUAGUAGUUAAAGCGUUUGCUCGUCACACUGAAGAUCCGGGUUCAAAUCCCGACAUGGGUACAAUAUUACUGGAAUAUUGGUAAAAGGGGCAUUAAACCAUACUCACUCACUCACUCUUAUACAUAUGUAUGUCAAAGCUAAGUAUCAAGACCAUUUUAGGAUCAUAUAUCUUUGUAUGAUGAUCAUUUGUGCAAUAUUUGAUAAAGGAUAUUUAUCUCUCCAUUUUGAAUAUAGGUUUCCAAGAAUAUUUUUCACAAAUAGCAUCUCAUUAGCUCUUCAUUUUGUUUAAAUGUCCUCAUGGAGAAUGAAAGAGUUUUUUUUUUUUCUUGGCAUUGCACUUCAUGAUAAUGCUACAAAAAAGUUGCCUUGAUAAGAGUUACUGAGUAAAUAACUCUUGUAGCCUCAUCUGACAGAUGAAUCAGCAAACUCCAUCUAAAAUAAACAUGUUGGUGCAUUUAUUAUGAUGUUUACUGUAAAAGCAUACAAAAGGUUGAAAUGUACAAUGUCUGGCUUUGAUGAAAUUGACAGAAGUUCUGACAUUAAAUGUGCAGCGCGGCAUACAGGUAUAAGUAAUGUCCCAGAGGGUUGUAUUUCUCCGAGUUGCCCUGCCCCUGCCUGCUGAUGGGGUUUAUGGGAGCCUUCAUGAUGUAUGUACACUGAUAACCAACAUCGUGCAGAUCCAUGAAGUAUGCCUGUGAAACACAGAAAAUAAUGUUUCUCUUUAGGGAGUCUCUGGCUUAAGCUGAUGGAGCCUCUUUGGAUAUAGGCAGAGCAAGGAUUGGAUAUUCUAUGAAUAUGAUAUUACUAAUUGGUACUUUUUGUUAUAAAUUUGUAUGGAUUGUUCCAGUUUUUGCCAAAAAUAAUCAAAAUGGUAGUAUGUAUUUUAACCGAUUAAUACAUUUCAAUUGAUUCCUGAGCAUCUGAAAAUCAAACAUAUGUUUUUUGACAUUUAAAAAGAAAACAUAUUUUGAUAUAUUUCUUUGUUUUUGAGUUUUGUAAUAUUCAACUAGGUUAAUAAUAACUGCUGAAACUUGUAAUUCACGCAUCUGCUUCUUGAUCAUCUGAAAGAAUUCACAGGCUUGACAUUUUGCGGGGUGACAGGUAUUUCUGUCCUUGUGACAGAUUGGCUGUCAAUCACAAACAAUUACCCUGUUGUUAAUCAUGAUUUGCCUCCACUGUUAAUCCCCUAAGACAUUAACAAGACACUUGUAUUAUAAAGGCCAGGUGAUUGUCUUCUUGCCUGUGUGUAGUCGUGUGGAAAACACCAUCAACCUUGCUGUUUAACCAGCGGCCAUUGUCAACAGAACUAAUUGAAACCACAUCCCUUUUCGGUAUUGGUUCGUGAAGAAAUACACCAUUCACUGUGUUCGUUUGACAAAUGACAAAUAGGCUGUUGACUUAAAAUGUGUUCAAAAUAUCACUGGCUUCAUGAAAAAUAAUCCAAGACACUUUUAGGACCAGUCAUUUAUUACAGAUGGGAAAGGGUCGAGGUUUUUGAAGCACUAAUGUACUGAAAAUAAUUACCCUCCCCAAAUGCUUGUCAUAUUUAUGGAUGACCCUCCCCAUGUCCUUAUACAUUUAUUUUAUGACCCUCCCUGAAAAGACAAAAUGCAAAAGCACUGUAUUUUUUUUAUGAAAUGACCAUUUUUUCAUGACCCCUCCCAAAUUUAGACCCUCCCUUAGAGAGACUCUCAUAUGUUUGGGUGCCACUCCCUGAUUACCUCUUUGUGCCCCCCCCCCCCCCCCCCCCCCCCCUCCAAUAUAAUGUGUGUAGAUUUGAUGGACAGUUGGUGUUUUUCAGGCUAUAUUUCAAACAGUGGAGGAUAUUUUGUAUUGGUUUUGGUGUUCACUGGGGUCAUUAUCCCCCGUUGUUAAGUUCAUGACAAAUUAUUCAUCAACAACCUGAAAAACAUCAGGCCAAAAUUAAGACUUGUUAAAAGAGACUGUGAAAAUAGAUUAUCCCUUUAAGUGCAGCUGAGGCUAAAUGUUUCCUGGAGGAACAAAAGAAAUUAACCAAGUCGCAUCUGUCUCGAAAAAGAAAAGUCUUUGAACCAGUUUCCAAGAAAAAUAUGCUUUCCCUCCAGAUUAGCUUCCUAGUGUUAUUUAGUUGAAAAUGAAAGUCGGCUUGUUUUCUUUUACAAAGUCAGCAAAAAUAGAAAAUACCACUGUGAAAUAAAAUAUCAUAUUGUAGAUUGUUUUACUGAGUGCCUCCAAAUAUUCUUGCAUAUUUGUAUAUUUUUAUUGCCGAUAAAAACAGAAUGAUAUUUGUUCAACUUGAACCACGAACAGCCAUCAGAAGAAAGGCCAACUAGAAUAUGCUUUAUGUAGGACAAUGAUGGCUUUGUCAAUAAUAAAAUACAGUAAACAUGUUUAACAUAGAGAAUGUUAAUCCUUGAACCUUUUCAAUUUUUUUUUUCUGAAACAUGAAUCGUCGACAUGAGCUCCUGAUUAAAUCCACCUUAAGACACCCCGAUGUGUUUUGUGUGGAUGUAACCCCAGGUAAUCAUUCAAUGCAAAGAAUAGACACAGAGCUGAUAGAUUUUCAAGUCACAAGUUGGCAGCUACAUUCGCCUGGUACAUGGCGGGAGCCUGAAAUAGUGCUUGUGAUUCCCGCUAGCAUGUUGCAGCAUGUUAUCAGUUAAGAUGCUUCAGGUUUUUGGCAGGAAUUAUUGCACAACGCCAGAGAACAGAUGAGAAAAUGUAAAAAUGUAAUUUCCACAAGCAGUUAAGAGCUGUGUAAGAAGCCACUUCUGAUUAUGAGGUCUUUGAAGGAUGACAGGAAGUCUGUGAAUAUUGCAGGUUCUUAAAGUACACAAGUAUAGAGUUAGGUAGACAGGAGUGUUUCCUCUCUGCGUCACAAAGGUGUGGAAACUGAGUGGUUAAAGUGUUUGCCAUCACGCAGAAGACAAGGGUUCGAUUCCCCCACAUGGAUACAAUGUGUGAAGCGCAUUUCUUAUGUUUGGUGCCCCCCUGCAGUGAUAUGGCUGGAAUAAUGCUUAAAUUCAUGUAAAACCAACUCACCGGCUGUACAUCACAGGAAUUUCUCUGUCACACCUCAUAGGUGUAAUCAGAGACCAUAUACCGAUAUAUGGUCUCUGAUGUAAUAAAGAAAAUAUAUCCCUUUUUUAAAAGUCUGUCACUGUAGGUUCUAAAUCCUUUUAUUUUGAUGUGAUUUUUUUGUUUGGUAUCAAAUUACUUGUUUUUUAGUCCUUUGUACAUUUCCAGUACCUUAGUUUAAUUUUACUUUACAAAAAUAUCAGUUGACUUUGAAUUACCUUGCAGGGUGUGAAGUUAAUCUAUGUCUUAAUUUAAUUUAACCCAGUAAAUGUUUUUGAGUAUUUACCAUGUUUCCUAUGUAUAUGUUUGAUAGCUGAAUAGUUGGCAAGUCUGUGACGUCAUCAGUUAUGAGAAAGAGAGUGUUAUUCCACAGCAGAGAGUGGCUGUUUUUAUGUAUUGUAUACACCAUAGGCAGGAGGGACAGGCUAGUGUUGGUAACAUUUCCCAUUUUAUAGUGGCAUGUAAUUGUGGCAUUUGGAAAUAAGAAGAGACUCUUUAUGAUUUUUUGGUAACAUGUUGGUGUUGCAUUGCAGUACGACAAGGGGAUUGAAAAAUGUAAGGACAAUCUGAUUUCAUGUUUGUAAAAUGCUAUGAAGAUGCUUCCUUGAAUAUCCAGUGUAUAUACAUCUAUUCCAUUAUGUACAACAAAUACUCUGGACCCAUUCUAUGCCAUAGUGGGUGGUCGGGUAGCCUAGUGGUUAAAGCGUACGCUCUUCACGCUGAAGACCUGGGUUUGAUUCCCCACAAGGGUACAAUUUGUGAAGCCCAUUUCUGGUGUCCCUUACUGUGAUAUUGCUGGAAUAUUGCUUAAAGCAGCGUAAAAUCAUACUCACUCACUCUGCCAUAGCUCAUUUUGAGCCUGAUCUGAAUGACAAGACACUGAAAACAGAUGUCCAAUCAAAUAACUCUUGAGCGAGAGACAUUCUGUGCUGGAAUAGUGAUUGAGCAAUGGAGAUUGUCACUUCCGAUACCAAGCCAUGAUGGCGUUGGGUCCAGGGUAUUUCUCAUAAUAGGUAUGAUGUAAUCAAUUGGCGGCUUAAGGAUCCGAUUUUCAUCUGUGGCCAUGUUGUGGUGGUGCGUUUCACUGUUCGUAUGCUGAGGCUGUGAGGCUAACACCAUCUGAUAUGGGAUGAAACAAAUUAAGACGAGAUGAAACAAAUGAAGUAUUAUCAUCUUUCUUUAAAAUAUUGAUGCACCUAUCAGGUGCCUUUCUCUACUUGAAAUAAAGAAACCAAGAACUGGCAGACACACUUUUAUUGUGAGAGACAUCUGUUACAAGUUAAAUCAUGCAUGAACGUGGAGAAGAAUUUUUCUUAAGAAUGCUAAAUAUUCACUUUAAGGUAUCAAUAUCAAAAUACAUCACAUGCUUCUGAAGAGGAUAACAGAUGAUGAAACGAAUAUAAGCGCAUUACCAACUUUGAUUGCCCAACAUCACAAUUUUAUGUCCUUUUUCUGAAGGGGUAGUCUGUGAUGAAGGAGCAGGCAAAAUAAACACUUUACUAACUCACGAUGUUUUAAUUAUGGUAAAAUAUUAAUCUGGAAUCGGUGUGUCUAACUGAAUGCAGUGUCCAUGAAAGAUAUGCUAAGUAAGCACUGCUUCCACCUCCUGUUGGAGGUGAUGUCUUUACCAGCGUCGAUGUGGUGGAGUUGUCAUGCCGCCUCCCACUGAGCUUCAGUGUCUGAUUCACCCUGCAUUUCAUCACCUAAUUCGUAGCGAAGUGAUCAUCGCCCCUCACAACCAACUGUUAUGGUCUCUUCUCGUUUCCGCCACUCGUCUCAAUCUUCCAUGUUUUCCUUCCUUUCUGUUUGUGAGGGUUUUUCCCAGGGGAAAUAUUUUUUCAGCAAACAUUAGCCUGUCUCGUCUCCCUGGUGAUCCUCCUGAGUUUCUGUGUCACUGAGCGUGGUGCUUAUGUGUUGUUGCAUAAAUAAAUUGUCGGGUGUAUUA